CGGCCUCCGAUCGCAGCUUGACGCCAUCACAUGCUCCUCGCGUAAGCCGGUCACCGUCUCUGCCGCGUCGCUGUCCGUCACCAACUCCGGAAUACUAGUCAACGCGGCCGCCGGAGAAUCCUCCCGAGCUCCAACACCGGCACCAACGAAGCCCAGCGUGCCGCCAUGAAGUUCAGCUUAAACCCCAUCACGCUGUCUUACGAGAUCCGGCAGAUGGGUGACCCUAGGACGCGGGACUACCCGCUCGUCAUGGACCCCCUCUUCGUCGUGACGCUGGUGGCCGCCUACCUCUACUUCGUCAAGGUGGCCGGCCCGCGCUUGAUGAAGAAUCGGGAGCCGUUCCGCAUCCUCAACAUCGUGCGCGUUUACAACUUGGCUUUGGUGCUCAUCAACCUGCGGUUCCUCUACGUAGUGCUUCAGUUCACCUACCUGCCCGGCGGCCAUUACAACCUCUGGUGCCAGGGCAUCACCGGUCACAUGACCGACGAGAUGCGCGAGUACUACCGCACGGGUUACGUGUACACGGUGUCACGCUACAUGGACCUCCUGGACACCGUCUUCUUCGUGCUGCGCAAGAAGUUCACCCACAUCACCCACCUGCACGUGAUCCACCACACCAUCGUGGUAGGGAACGUCUGGUUCUUCACGCUGUUCGCGCCCGAGGGCCAGCCCGCGCUGGGCAUGUGCCUGAACGUCUUCGUCCACGUCAUCAUGUACUCGUACUACUUCCUCGCCACGCUAGGGCCCGGUGUGCGGAAGUACCUCUGGUGGAAGAAGUACCUGACCACCAUGCAGAUCGUGCAGUUCGUGAUAAUAAUCAUACACAUGUCCGUUCCGCUGUUCGUCGACUGCGGCUUCCCAAGGAAACUCAUCAUCGUGGGAAAUCUGCAGACGUUCCUGAUACUCUGUUUGUUCAUCAACUUCUACAUCAAGACUUACCUCGCCAAGCCCAAUCACCCCGUUCGAGAGGACCUCGACGGCAUGAAGGAUGCCGCAGUCGGACCCUUAAGAAAUGGGAAGAGCGACUAAAUGCCACACGCUUGGGCCGGAUGACCUUCAGCCACUUGAACCAUCACGAUGACCUUGCAGGGCUGCUUGCCAGGAGCUUCGAAGACGUGUCUGUGGUGUGGAUCGCGUCACCGCGAUUUCCGGAGUGCUGAUAGAUAUCUUAUGAAGAACUGACUGUCGGGUAGCCUUGCACUCCUGUUUGAACUUGAUGCUGACUACAAACACAAACACGAAACAGACAGUGCUCGUAAUUAGGGAGUUUCUGGCUUGUCCGUAAAACGUACUACUUUUUGAGAAAUACAUGGUUGGUCAAGACACGGAUAACAGGCUCAACGCUGUCAGACAUUGGCUUGUGAGUUAUUGUCAUGAGACAACGCGGUAGAAAGGUUUCUUUGUCGCAUGAUUGUUCCCAUACAAGGAAAAAUUAUGAAAAAGAGCUGCCUGCAGACGAACAGCUCUCUGCUGGCGCAUAACACCAACAUCUGAGUAGAAUUCAGGCAGUUACUGGCUAAAAGCUUUGUGUCCUCUCUAGCUCUAGGCGUGGGCCGCUCAGUGGAAAUGGAGCCACAGAGUGGCGUCACAAACACGACUGCUCACGCCUUCGUCCCCGCUAAAUCGAUAUUCUUUGUAAUGUCAU